AUGUGGGUGAUAUUGGGUGUACUAGCUGCAAUUUACCUCACACAUCAACUAUUUACUUCCAUCCUACCACAUCAUUUCCUAGUCCCACCUCAAAAAUGGCAAAAUUCAAUCCUCAAAGUCAUCAAUUAUGAAAAGCCAAUCUACUUACAAGUAAGUCACAAAAGAUCAAGCUAUAGACGCAGACUUGUGCUAGCUAGUGCAAUCCCGUCAUUCUAUACAAAUUUCAUCAACAAUAAAUUGAAAAUCGCACCUCAAGACAAUGCCAACAAAGAUGCAUUCAUGCAAGAAAUGAGGAGGCGAGAUGUCGAUGAUCCCAAGAGAAGAUUAUUGUAUGGAUUCUUCCACCCUUACGCUAAUAAUGGCGGGGGUGGUGAGAAAGUGUUGUGGGAAGCAGUUAAAGCUACUUUAGACCAAGAUGAAAAGAAUAUCUGUGUUGUUUACACUACAAAUGUUGAUACGGAGCCAUUGGCAAUCUUGGGCAAGGCUAGAGACAAAUUCCAGGUUGAGAACUUGGAUCACAAGAGGAUACUAUUCAUUUACUUGAGAAGAUUCGGUAAAUUCAUAGACGGUUCUUAUUGGAAGCACUUGACUAUUGUUGGACAAUUGUUGGGUACUUUUUUAUUGAGUUUGGAAGCUGCAUUUGAGUUAUCGCCAGAUGUGUGGGUUGACACUAUGGGACUUCCGGGAAGCUACUUUAUCGCAUCUGUGGUUUUGAAAAUCCCCAUCAUUGCUUACAUACAUUAUCCAAUCUUGCAGGAGAACAUGUUUAACAAGUUGAAAUACAACAGUUUAUCUGAUAUCUUAAAGAUCAGGAGCGCAUCGGAUCUUUUCAGCUUUGCCAAAUUGUGUUACUGGUCUGGUCUUUAUUGGCUCUAUGUCUACAUUGGCUCUUUUGUCGAUAUAACUUUGGCCAAUGGAUCCUGGACGUUUAGUCAUAUGCAAAAGAUAUGGACUUACAAUAGCCCCAUGGGUAAGCAAAUAGACAGAUUGUAUCCACCUUGUGGAGCUGAAUAUCUUGUCCAUGAUCAGCUCCAAAGUGGUGCAAGUACGAGGACCAAUAAGCUUUUGUACUUGGCCCAAUUUCGGCCUGAAAAACGUCAUAUAUUGGUUUUAAAAGAGUAUCAACAAUUUCUCACAAAUAAUUACCCCAACAUCAAUAUCCCCACUGAGGAGGUUCCCACUUUGUUAUUUGCUGGGUCUUGUCGUACUAAAGAUGAUACGGCGACUUUGGAGUUUUUACAACAAGAGGUUAAGUCGUUAAAGUUGGACAACUUUGUUGAGUUUGCUGUCGACUGUUCAUAUACCGAAGUUGUCAAAUAUCUUUCAACGUGCAAGUUUGGUCUCAAUGCUAUGUGGAAUGAACAUUUUGGAAUAGGUGUUGUGGAAUAUGUUGCAAGAGGGUGCAUCCCUAUUGUUCAUGCCUCAGCGGGGCCCUUUCUUGAUAUAGUAACAGGAGAGAGAAUUGAAGACUGGCAUAAUACUACAGGCUUCUUUUUCAAGUCUUUUGCUGACCCUGAUUUUGACCCUCGGUUACAAACCACGGUAGGUAACAAAGACAAGUAUUUGGUGUUUGAAAUGAAUGGUGAGAGGAUGGAAUUUCCCACGUUGGAACAACUUCUCACCACCUUAUUCGUUAGCGAUAGACUGCUUAUAAGUGAUGAUGCAUUGGAGGAAAAGAGAAGGAUUGGGCAGCAAUUGGUUGUUGAUAAAUUUUCCAACAAAUUAUUUGAAGAGAAAUGGAAAGAGUAUAUUGAACAAGCCGAAGCACUUGAAAAAGAGUAUAGACAAGAGAGAAGAGGCAAGUUAGAAAGAGUAUAUUAG